GCUGUUUCUGGCAUCGCUGGCGUACCCGUUCGAUGGUGUCUCUGCACUGAAAAUCGAUGGCCAGUGUACGUAGUGAAAAGUGCGACAUUUCUGCAUCGAAAAGCUACCGCCCAGCAAUUUCGAACUGCGCUGGCAGUGCGCGAUAAUGGUGUAGUGAAAAUCAACGCAUGCAAGCAGCAGUUUGUUAUCCACGGUUGAACCGCCGAUAAAAUCGUUUGAGGCGUUGCAGCUAUUGACUAAGCCUGCCCAACAAACAAAACGGUGCACUAAGCUUUCGUGGUGUGAAUCUACCCAACCGUGUGUGGUCAGAACGGCCACCGUUGUGGGUCGUGUUUACCCUACCCCAGAAGCGACCCAAAAGUUGCGUUUCGAACGGAAAGCAUAACAACAAACCCGUCCUCCCGGGGGGCAUCGAAAUGUCGUCCGGACUGGUGGAGAAAUCGUUCGUCAACAAUGACGAACUGUUCUAUCUGAAGUGGAACAACUUCCAGAAAAACGUGAGCACACAGUUUGAGAAGCUACGCGAAGAUGACGACCUGGUGGACAUAACGUUUGCCUGCGAGGGUCGCAUGCUAACCGCGCACAAACUGGUACUAUUCGCCUGCAGUCCGUACUUCAAAGAGCUGCUAAAGAAAAAUCCCUCGCCUCAUCCGGUGUUCUUCAUGAACGAUGUGAAAUAUGAUGUGCUUAAGGCAAUUCUACAGUACAUGUAUCUUGGUGAGGUGCACAUCACUAACGAGAACCUGAAGGAGUUCAUAAAAACAGCAGAAGGAUUACAGAUCCGAGGAUUGAGCAAAGAAAACAAUGGAGAUUUGAUAAUCCCACCAAACCACCAGGACACGCUACGCCUCGACGGUAAGAGCGAACACAUACUGGACGAAUUCUGCCGAAAACGAACCGACCUUGGCGAUCUGCAAGGCUCGUCGGUGCUCAACAUCAAACGGGUGAAAACGACGGCCGAUGGUUCGUUGGCGACUGGUGCACCGGACGGAAGUGUAUCUAACGUAGAGCCAAAAGUGGAAAUGGUUGAAUACCUCGACAGUGAACCUGGCACCCAUCAAUCGCCGACCUACUGCAGUAUGGAUACGUACGCAGACAAGAACAAUCCUCGCAACCCGAUGGGUCAUUUGACGACGAUAAACAAUGCUGGGUUCCCACAAGCUACCGCACCGCCGGUAUCCGGUGCGGGGCCGAAUCAACCCGGUGGCUCUGGCAGCCAUGGCCAUAAUGUGCACGAGUACAAAUCGGAGGAUGACAGUAGUUGGAUGGAAAAAUCGCUGGACAAUAUUUCCGUCAACUCGGAGCAGAGCAUGAAGUACAACAGCGGUGGUGGGCCGGGAGGUGGCAGUGGCGGCAGCAGCGGAAGUGCGGGCGGUGGCAACGGUGACAAAAGCAAACAGGGUCGCAGCAGUCGAAGCAGCAACCGUUCCGCGGACGAUAAGGCCAACUGUUUGACGCCCCGCUGCUGUCCCGUUUGUUCACGGCUGUACUCGAACGUGUCCAACCUACGUCAGCACAUGCGACUGAUACACAAUCCGACGGCCGUUUGCUGCCCCAUCUGCCAGAAGCACUUUAACUCGGAGCUGUACCUAAAACGACACUACUCGUCAAUACACUCGAUCAAUCCGAAUGGUCCCGGCGACGGUGAUCUGGUCGACACGAAACCACCGGCCUCCCAACUACAACAACAACAGCCACCUCCACAACAGCAACAGCAGCAACAGCAAGGUCCGCAACCAACACAACAGCAGCAAGCACAACAGCAGCAACAACAGCAGCAGCAGCAGCAACAGCAACAACAGCAAGCGCAGCAACAGCAGCAGCAACCUCAACAGGCGCCAGCACCGACAGCGAAUACUUGGAACCCGUAUCACCAUCACGAUGCAUCACAGCUGGUGAAUCCUUUUAUCAAAUAAUUAACCGGUAAAUAGGCUAGGAAGCAGACGAUGGCUAGCGUAGGGCAGAUUCGUUGAACAUUUACAAAUCCAACCCGUCAUCACAUGCCCGCUGCUGAUCGAUGGAUUUCGCGUUUCAUUUGAAUGUUUCCAGUCCAGUGCUCCAGAGGCAGCAAUCGCAUCGAGAAGCUGUCCCCUGCUGUCCCGUCUGCUACGAGUACCUUAUCGCGCAACCGCUCUGUUUCGGUUAUCGUAAAACGCAGAAACAGAACUACAUUAUUUUAAACACAAUAACGAGCAGAUCUGCUCGUGUUGCCAUGGCAAAAGGAUAACAAGCAGGGAAAACCCCUUAGCUAGGCAUGUGCAAUAAGAAGCCCCGCAGAAACAAUAGUAAUCCCAGCAGCCGUGCAAUUUAUUAUCGUUCAGUUCAUGUCCCGCAGGAACACAGUGUGUUGUGUUCGGAAGCUUUGGUAUACAUGGUUAAUUUGUGUGCUUCGGAAUAACCAAGGGAUUAAACGGUGUCUCAGGUAUUGGUAAUCAGUGAGAAACACGGCUAAUAUUAACCAUGUACUCGGAACAUAACGAUUCGUAUGUCAACCCCCAUUGGAUUUUUCCUAUUAUCGUAGCUUCUGUCUCUCUAGAAACGAAAAACACUCCAUGGUGGUGAGGAGACUACUUUGAUCGGAUCAAUUUUAUUUAACAGCGUCUGGAGCCCUCCCCAAACUGGGUUUCUUUGUGUAUACUUUGUUCGUUUUAAUCUUCCUUAAAGGAUAAGCUAGGAAAGUCAUGUGUGCAGGUACAAAGCAAGCAAACUGACAUAGGACUUUACUUUAGGUGAUACGGUAGAAUUAGCAUCUGGGCCACCGACCUCCUGCUCCUAUGAGUUCCAGCAGCUGUGACAGAAUCAUGGUGGAUGUUUCGCAAAAUGCCAGUUUGUUUUUUAUUUGUGGGAAAAUGUUCUUGUGGCCCUCAUCACUCUCGCUCGAGGCCAAAGCAGGUGAGCCAAAAAACGAAGGUACUAUGUACUUAUGCUUAGCUGCAGCAAACGGGCCAAAUGGAUGGCAUAAAAUAGCUAAUUUCCGCUAACGAUCAUUUGCGUUGUUCCGUAUCGUGUUUUACACUUGGGCGUACAUAUUAAAACGUCUUGGGUUUGCCCCGCUCUCGCAAUGAAACGUUAUAUGCGAGCCGAAUCACCGUACUCUGGCUUGUGCUUAAUGUUAAUGCAUUAUGCAAAACAACGAAGGUGUACAUUAGUAAAUCAAAUAGAUGAUUUAGCCUGUUCUUUUCUCCACGCGCAAACACUCACAAAAGGAAAAAGGUACACGAUUGAAUUCAGCAACGUGCACCCAAGUAGAUCUAGGCUAAUGUUUUAAAUUAUGUAUAUGUCCCAAUUAGUUCAUUUAUGUGCUGCUGUGUAGCUGGGUCGGUUUUUAUUCGAAUCUAGAUUUUCCAUGUGGCAUAUACAUGUGUUUUGCCUACACAUCUACCCUUUCUUCGGCUUCCGUAACAUGUGUUAAACGUGCUGGAGGAUAAUGUUUAGUUUAGCUUGAUUAUUGUACAUAUAUAGAGAGUAUUAAAUAUAACUAACGAUAACAAUAAUUAUAACGGUAAUGAUGUUGAUUGGGCGUACAAUAAAACAAAUGGAAAUUCUAUGGA